AUGCUGGACAAGAGAUGGGUGAGUCUUUGCAGAGCUGAUCCAGAUUAUGAGAGAGGGGCUUGGAAUUUUGUACGGACAGUGUCUGCGAGUUCAGGACAGAUUGAUGUCAUAGUGUGCCCUUGCGUAGAUUGUCGUAACGUGGAUCGUCACUCGAGCAGUGAUGUUGUUGCUCAUCUUGUGACAAGGGGAAUGGAUGAGGCGUACAAGCAUUGUAAGCACUGGUAUCAUCAUGGAGAAGUAACUUCAGAGUCUACAAGUGGAAGAAAAACACAUCAGUGGAAUGAGGAGAUUGUUGGGCUGUUUAGAGCGGCUGAAGAUUUUGCUGAUGAGUAUGUACCUUCUGAUUACUUAGGAGAUAUUGCAGAGGGAGAAGAUAAGGAAGAAGACGAGUUUUUAGCUAAGCUAGCAGAUGCAGAAACACCUUUAUAUCCUACCUGCAUAAACCAUAGCAAGUUAUCAGCUAUCGUCUCCCUAUUUAGCCUAAAGACACAUAAUGGGUGGUCUGACAAGAGCUUCAAUGAUCUUCUGGAGACGUUGCCUGAAAUGUUACCGGAAGACAAUGUUCUCCAUACCUCAUUGUACGAUGUGAAGAAGUUUUUGAAAUCAUUUGACAUGGGAUACGAGAAGAUACAUGCGUGUGUAAAUGAUUGCUGCUUAUUCAGGAAGAAGUACAAGAAGCUCGACAACUGUCCUAAAUGCAGUGCUUCGCGGUGGAAGGCUAAUAGGCACAUGGGAGAAGUGAAGAAAGGCGUGCCACAGAAAGUUCUCAGGUACUUCCCUAUAAUACCUAGGCUGAAGAGGAUGUUUAGGUCAGAAGAAAUGGCUAAAAACUUGAGGUGGCACUUCAGAAAUAAAAGCAGGGAUGGAAGACUCCGUCAUCCCGUUGAUUCUGUGACUUGGGAUCAAAUGAAUCACAAGUAUCCUUCAUUUGCUGCUGAAGAAAGGAACAUACGUCUAGGUCUUUCAACAGACGGUUUCAAUCCGUUUAGCAUGAAGAACACUAUGUAUAGCUGCUGGCCUGUUCUGAUGGUUAAUUAUAAUUUACCUCCGGAUUUGUGUAUGAAGAAAGAGAACAUCAUGCUCACACUACUUAUUCCUGGUCCACAUCAGUCUGGCAACACUAUUGACGUCUACUUGGAACCUCUGAUGGAUGAUUUAAGGCAUUUGUGGAGUAAUGGAGAGGUAACAUAUGAUGCCUUCAGCAAGAAUACUUUUAAUCUGAAGGUGAUGCUGCUAUGGACCAUAAGCGACUUCCCUGCUUAUGGCAAUCUAGCCGGAUGUAAAGUGAAAGGCAAAAUGGCUUGUCCUGUUUGCGGGAAGAACACAAAUAGCAAGUGGUUAAAAUUUGGAAGAAAGCACGUGUAUAUGUUUCAUAGGAAACGUCUACCACCAACACAUAGAUUUCGGACUAAGAAGACAAUGGAGCAUGGGAGAAGUCUAGGAUAUUGA